AUGUCGGACGUUUCGCGAUUGACAGAUCCUCAGGUCCUCCUCCAGGCCGUCCAACUCGCCUCGACUUCUGACCUGGAUCGAUUGCUCCAUCUCCAUCGCCUGCGACAGAACAUCCUUUCGACGACCGUCAUAUACCGAAUCCUACUUUCUUUCUAUCCGGUCAACCAACUGAAAUUAUCUGACUUGGCCACGUUCCUACUCUCUCUACAAGAUCCUGCAAGGGAUGCCUUGUUGACAAAUGAGUUCAAGGUCGACCCAUCUAUCUCAGCCCUUUCACGCAAAGAUGCACUUCGCCGUUGUCGUUUGUUAACCCUGCGCCCGAAUCACCACCAUACCAUAUUUGGCUCUGAGAAUGCCCUUGCCAAUUUUGUACUCAACUGGUCAUAUCGAGUCCAGUCAGUUGGUGGCAUACAGCCGCUCCUUACCUUCGUCGAACCAUUUCUAGACCAUGAUCCUGCGCUCCGGUUGUGGUAUUCCUCAUGCCUUGUUCCCGCUGUCCGUCUCCAGUACGACUUCUACCCAGAUUCGGAGGAUACCAUUGGGCUACAAGAAUUUCAGAGCCUGUCUGGUGUUCCCGGUGUCAAGACCCUCCUCCACAAUGCGGACAUGACCCACGAUCCUACACUGAUAGCACGGGAUCUAGGUGACGUUGUAACUCCCUGGGUGCAUGGAACGAGUGAGUGGAAAAGGCGGAGAGUAGAGCCCGAGCCUGCAGAGGACACUGGUUCUGAAUGGGACAGUGUGAACCAGUGGCUGUUGUCAGCAAGCGCAGAGAAUUUUGUGGCCACGGGUAAGGCAUACCUACAGUGGAACGGGCCAAAACCAACUGAAAGCGACCCUGAUAGCCGUAUUGAAAAGGCUUUGCUUGCAGGAUUUGCGCAAACAGGGCUAGCCAUCAUUUAUGCUGGCUCGGAGCUGUCCAAGGAAGCCCUUGUGGUGUCGCAGAAUGUCGUAGCCAAGGUCGCUAGAAUUGCCGGCGAGCUUCCACUUGACUCAACCAGUACUUCUCCUGAUAUCACUCUCGAUGGCACUUUGGCCCAGAGCCUGAAGGAGAGUGACCUCCUACCUACUGUUCUCUUGCGGCCAGAAAACCCAUUUACACAAGUCAAGAAAUCUUCGCUGGAUUUGAUACAAGGCUUGCUUCUAACGGCGGAUCACUUGCUACAGUUCGACUUACCGGCUCCGAUAUCAACCUUGGCAAAAAUCUGCCUUUUCGGUUCGGAGAGGCAGCAAAAAGACGAGCUCGGCAGGAUAUUGCAACGAUUCUCCGGAAGCUCGAGGUCACAGGUUGAUUGGGUAUCCGCAUGGCACCGAUUGCAUUGGUCUAGACGAUGGACCAGCCAAGACACCUCGGAUUAUGAUGGAACACAAUAUGGCCUUUUGUCUAAGAUGUCCUCUGAGGAGUUGGACGCUCGGAUCUUGGAUGCAGCCCUGAACUCUGGGCAAUUUGAGGCCGUCGCAAAGAUAUAUUUCGAUGCCGGCACACCACGCCUGCCUGUUGCUGAGAUAGAAACACAUGUGGCAGAUGCAAUUUUGCGAGCUUAUGAUAAUGCGGCAGAUGGCAAUCGCGAACGUGGUGGCCUUCGACCUGCUUACGAGAUGCUGAAAUUCUUCCGGCUCAAACUUCCUCAGUCAUCUAAAUUAGAGGAUAUCGACCACCUUAUCAAAGCUACACAUCGCUUGUCAUUCUACCGACUCAAUUUGUCGCACGGCAUUCCUUUCAGGCCUGUUGCAAUUCGUGUGCAGAAAAAUCCAAUCAAUUUGGUCGCCAAAGUCUUGGAGCAAGACCCGAAAUCGUAUACAAAGCUUGACGACUUACUUGAGAUAGGCCGUAGUCUGGUGUUGGCUCAUCUUCCAAGUCGGAUGGUCACUGAUGAUGCUUUGGACCCACUCGGUCUGGGUCAAUUUCAAGCAGAACAUGAGAUCACGCGGCUGGCAAUCGAGGCUGCACUCAGAUCGAACGACUUUGAUACAGCUUACUCUUAUAUUACGACGAGACUAUCGACCGGCACGAGUAGUGACUACCAUGAUGACAUCUCGUGGAGGGCAGCGUACGCUGCGGGGAAAUAUCGACCAUCCGCAACACCCAAGAGUCUAGAUGCGCGCAUCGAGAAUUUAUCCCGACGAAUGGAACUUCUCUCGCGAGCGCUCGUACUCGCACCUGUGGGAGACUCGCUCGCAGAGAUUCUCGGGACUUGGCGCAGGCAUGAAGAAGAGAUGGCGGCCUUGAGAGAAGAGGGCGUACAGGAAGAGCGAGCGUCAGAUGCUCGAGCCGAUGCCGACCUCCCCGGAGCAUUUGGUCUUGAUGACCGAGAACUUGAUGCAGCAGAGUCACAAAGAGCCAUGGCAAGACGAGCCUGGCCUGGAGCGACCCCUGGGCUUUCCUAUGAAGAACAUGCUCCCAUGGGUCUCUUCGAUGUUGCAAAGGGAGCGGCAAGCGCUUUGCGAAAGAGCUCGUUCUUCCCACUAGGCUCAACUGGUUUACAGGACCUACAGAUUCGGGAUGCUGCCAUGUCUUCCACACAGCAUGGAUUCGAUGUAAGAGAUUCAGCACCGGGAUCUCCACCCACUGGUGAACGGGUGCGGAAGAGGGAUCAAGUCACGAACAUGGUUACCAGUGGGAUUGUCAGUGGGAUGGGGUGGGUUCUGGGAGCACAAGCACAAGAUCGUAAUGACUUUAAGAGCAAUGGCAAGAGCCAUGACGAACAACCGAGUUCGAGAGGCGAUCAUAGUUAG